AUGGUCUUAAACAAGAAAAAAACAAAAGAUUGCAAUACGAAAAAUGAAGGGUGUCUAAUGAAAAAUAUAUCAUGGUUAGAUUUUAUAACUUUUAAUUGGAUAACAAAAUUGCUAGAUAAUCUUAAAAGAGAAGAUUUUAAAUUACCAGAUAUAGAAGAAAAUAGUAGUAUAGAAUAUUAUACGUAUAAAUUAGGAGAGAAUUUAAGAAAUGUAAGUAUAAAAAAGUCAGGUUUAUUUAAUAAUUUUUAUAAAAAAGGUAAUUCUUAUACAUAUGUAAAAUAUCCUCUUAAAUCAAAAGGAACAAGGAACAAAGAAUAUUAUAUACAUUAUAAUAACAUUUAUUGGUCAUUAUUAAAGACAUUUAAAGUUCCUUUAAUUACAGUCUCUAUAUUUCUUAUUUUGCACACUUUAUUUUUAAUUUUUGUUGCAUUGUGUGUAGAAAAAUAUGUACUGAUAAUAAAAGGUCAUAUUACUUUAUCAAAUCCGUUUUUUAGUUUUUCAAAAUUAUUAUAUGGUAUUGCUGUAAUUGUUGUAUUUUUCCUUGGCCAACUUUUUGAUGCGGUAUUGUGUUAUUAUAACUAUAAACUACGAGUGGACAUGGAAGUAACUGUUAUGUAUUUUCUUUAUAAAAUUAAUUUAAGUAAUUACAACAAUAAUUUGAUGGACCCCUAUACAUGUAUGAAUAGAGAUGAUGAUGAGUAUGAUGAUGAAAAGACAAACAUAAGUUAUUGCAAAAUACAAAAUGAAAAUUUAAAUAAAGAAGAAAAAAGUGUGUAUGCGGAUAAUUAUUGCACAGAUACUUUAUAUAACAAUUGUUCCAACUACAAAAAGGAUAAAAUUGAUUCACAUAAGGAUUUAUAUUUAAAUACAAAGGAUUAUUAUUCUAUUUGUUUUAAUAAUGAAAUUUAUGUAAGUGAUCAACAUAAAUAUAAUAAUGACUUUGCCAAAUUUGCAUGCAGUGCAAGAACUUCUAAUGGAGAAGAUGAUAAAAUAAAUGAAGUAAACAAAGAAAUUACAAAUAAUAAUUUUAAAGAAGUUAAAAGUUCUCACGUAAAUGAAGAAGAAAAAGAAGAAGAAAACAUAAAUUCAAAAAAAGAAAAAGCAAUUGAUAUAGAAAAAGAUAAUUUAGAUGAAAAAAAGGUGCUAUAUUUAAAUAAUAAUGAUUUGUAUCAAAAAAAAAGUGACAAUUACAAUGUAUUAAUAACAGAUAAAAAAAAUUCUAAAAAAAGUGAAGAUAAAUUAUCAUGUGAAAAUGAUGCAAAGUUAUUAGAAAAAAAAAAAAAAUAUAAGAAAAAAAAAAAUGAAAAAGAUGUAUUCGAUUUAAAUAUUUAUAAUAUUAUGUUUGUUGAUACUCCAUAUUUGAUAUUUUUUCUAAGUUCUUUGAUUGAUUUAUGCAAUAUGCUAAUUAAGUUCAUCAUAUCUUUUUAUAUUUUUUAUUUAAAAAUGGGAGGUAAUGCAAUAUUAAAUGGAGUAUUAUUGAUAUUUUUUUUUCAUGGGACUAUGCUCUUAUUUGAAUUUAUAUCGAGUUUAUUUAAAAAAAAAUACUUAAAAUAUAGAGAUACAAGAAUUGGUAAUAUGCACCAUGUAUUAAAAGAAUAUAAAUUAAUGAAAAUUUUUAAUUGGGAAUCUAUUGCUUUUGAUUAUGUGGAUUAUUUUAGAAAAAAAGAAAUGAAAAUAUGCAAAAUUCGAAUUUAUCUUAGUUCUUUAAGUCAUUAUUUAAAUACUAUUUCUAGCAGUGUUAUCGAGGUGGUAAUAUUCUUUUUAUUUAUUAAAAGUGAAUUAGAAAAUAACAAAACAGUCAAUUUUAGUUCUAUUAUUACUCCCCUUUUUGUAUAUAAAACACUAAUUUCAGAUGUCUCUAAUCUUCCCAAUAUAAUGAAUAAUUUAAUAGAGGGUGUUAUAAAUGUUAAACGUAUAAAUAAAUAUAUUUAUUAUUAUUUGUAUUAUAAUGAUAUAAAUAAUUAUUUUAAACAUUUCUCAAGUAAUAAUAAUAGUACUACUAAUUUAUUUAUUGAUAAUUUGCAAAAAAAUGAAGCAACAAAUGGCUCGCAUUAUAGUAGAAGUUAUGAUAAAGAAAAAAAAAAUAUUUUAAGGAAUUUUCUUAGGUUUUUUUAUUUUAACAGAAGUAAAAAAAGAUAUGCUAUGGAUAAUGAAGCAUUAAAUAAUUUAAAUUAUGAUUCAAAUAGUAUUAAAAAAGUUAAAUAUUCUAGUGAUUUAGUAAAUCGCACAGAUUAUUAUAGUAGUAUAUAUCUAGAAAAAAAGAGUAUUAAUAGAACAAAGAAGAAAGAAGAUAAUGUUAUAAUAAAAUUAGAAAAUUGCUAUUUCACUCCUAUUAAAAAAGGUGAUAACAUGAAUGAUGAUUUUAUUUUGAAAAAUAUAAACUUUAAUUUAAAAAAUAACACCUUGUCUAUAAUUAUAGGAAAUGUUGGUUCAGGAAAAACAGUAUUUUUUCAAUCUCUUUUAGGAGAUUUUAAAUUAGCAUACGGUAAUUUCUACAUUAAAAAUUUUUUACAUAACAUGCCAAUUUUGUAUAUACCUCAAUAUAAUUGGAUAUCAAUAGGAACUGUUAGAUCGAUGAUCUUAUUUGGAAAUAAAUAUGAUGCAUCCAUUUAUCAUUAUGUAAUUUUACAAAGUGAAUUAUUAAAUGACAUAAUAUCAUUUAAAAAUAAAGACAUGAGAUAUGUUAAUGAUGAACAUAAUUUAAGUAAAGGACAGAAGGCAAGAAUUUGUUUAGCACGAGCUUUGUAUCAUCAUUAUAUACAUAUGAAAGAAUUAAGUAGUAAUUAUGAAAAAGAAGUAAAUGAAAAUAAAAAAUUUAAAAAAAUCAUGAAUUCAGAAAAUAUUUAUCAAUUAAAUGCAAAAAGUUUGGGAAAUCAAACUACUGAAAAUAGUUCAUUUGUUUGCAAUGAAGAUCAGGUUAAUAAGAAGGAUAAUCAAAAGAAUAAUUCUGAACAAAUUAAUUAUUUAAAUGAUAGUAAUAACACAAAUAUUUUGCAGAAUAGUUUAAAUAUUUCAAAUAAUAAUUGUAAUCUUAGAAGUACACAUAAUUUAUAUUACAACGAUAAUAGCAAUAAUAAUUCAUGUAAUAAAGAAGAAGACAUAUUUAAUAACAGUUAUGUUAAAACUAGCUUAAAAAAUGAGAAUAUAUCCUAUUUGUAUUUAAUAGAUGAUGUUUUUACUGGUCUUGAUCCUUGUAUUUCUAAAAAUAUAUUCUAUAACUUAUUUUGCCACAAAGAAAAAAUAGAAUGUUUUAAAGACAACAGCAGUUUUAUUAUAUCAAUGAAUGAAAAUAUAUUUGAUAGUUUUAUGACAGAUGAUAUUCUUAAUAAUCUUCAAUAUAAUGUAAAUAUAUAUAAAAUAGAAAACAAUAUUUUGAAUUAUGAAGGAGAACUCUCAGAUUAUAUAAAAAAGAACAAUAUACAUAUAAAAACGGAAGUUAAUUCAAAUAAAAAAAAAUUAAGUAUAAAUGAAGCAAAACUAAAAUUAUGUAUUGACGAAGAGGGGUGUUGUAAAAAACAAAGUGAUAUGAGAUAUAAUAAAUUUAUGUUGUUAAAACAACUAAAAACUAUGCAUUCUUUUAAAGUAAGCAAAAGUAAUUCUUUUACACAACAUAGCAGGAAAGAAACAAUUGACACUCAGAAAUUUUUAGAAAGUGAAAUUGUGAUUAAAGACAAUAAGAAUGCCAAUGAUCAUUCUAUUGAAAUUCCUAUGAAAAAAGACAAUUUUAAGGAAAUGUGUGAAGAGAAAAAUGAGAAUUAUUCAAAUGAAUUUGAAAAAAUUAAUAAAGUUUUAUCAUCAAAAUUAAAACAUGAUUAUAUACUUGACACUUCUAGUGACAAUGAAGAUGAAUCAAAAUUUAAAGGAAAUAUAAAAUUAGAAACCUUUACUUGGUAUUUAGGUAAAGUUGGAUUCCCCUUGAUAGUAGUAAUAAUUUUUUUUAUGUUUAUAUCUAUAUUUACUGAAGAAAUAAAAAAUCUCAUAUUAUUUAUGGCUAGUACGAUAUUGAAAACUGGAGAUAAAAGUGAUCAUGAAGCUUUAAAUAAACAAAUGACAUAUUUAAAAUAUUUUGUAUUGUUACCUUCUAUAUCUUUAGUAGCUACUCUAAUAUGUUUUAUGCUCAUUGCUUAUGGUGCUAUUCUAUCAGCAGUAAAAGUACACACAGAAGUAUUAUCUAAUAUUUUAUAUGCACCAAUACAUGUAUUUUAUAGUAAUAAUCUGGGUAAUAUAAUAAAUAGAUUUAUUACUGAUAUUAAUGUAUUAGAUAAUGGAAUUUUAAAAAGAAUAUAUAAAACAUUUUAUACUUUCUUCCGAUUUAUUUUUACUACUUUCUUAUUAAUUUAUAUGAUAAAAUAUACUCUAUGGGUUUUUCCUUUUAUUAUGUUAAUAAUAUAUUUUGUCGUUUUUAAAAGAUAUUCUAAAGGAUGUAAAGAGGCACAAAGAGGUUAUUUAAGUUCUCAUUCACCUCUUUGUAACAUGUACAGCAACACUAUAUUGGGAAAGAAUGUAAUUAAUUUAUAUAAAAAGAAUGAUUACUUUUUAAAUUUAUAUAAGCAUCGAACAUGUGUAUUUAGGAAUUAUACUAUUUUUAAGUGGUCCAUAACAAUAUGGGCAUCUUUAUAUGUUCAACUCAUUGUUUCACUUUUAACUUUAUUUUAUAUUAUAUAUCCUCAUAUAUUUUUUAAGAAAGAUCAUAAUAUAAAUGAAGGAAAUUUUGAGAAAAAUGCAAGUAUUAUUGGUUAUUGUAUAACCUUUUCUUGUAAUCUUGGUAGUAUAAUAAAAUGUUUAUUAUAUGAUUAUACACAUGUUGAAAAAGAAAUGUGCAGUACACAAAGGUUAGAAGAAUGUUCAAAAAUAAUUAAUGAAGAAAAUUCUUCAGAAGGAGCAAAUAUAAAAAUACCUUCAAAAUUUAACAAACAAAAAAAGUCUCAGAAGAACAAGAAUUCUUCAGAUUUAACAAAAAAAUUAUCUACUAUACCUACUAUAAAUGACAAUACUUCCGUAAUUGAUGAAUCAAAUCAAAAAUAUGGAAUUCAUUUUGAAAAUGUUUUUGUUAGCUAUAAGAAAAAGAUUUACUUAGAUAAAAAAAAUAAUAUUUAUAAUUAUGUAAAUGAAAAAUCUUGUUUAAAAAAUAUUAAUAUUUAUGCGUUAAAAAAUCAAAAAAUUGGUAUAGUAGGAAAAUCAGGUUCAGGUAAGAGUACAAUGAUAUUAUCUAUUCUAGGUUUAAUUCCCACUACUAGAGGGAAAAUAACAAUUGAAGGAAAAAAUAUUAAAGAAUUAGAUAUGGAACAAAAAAAAAAUAUUAUUGGUGUUUUACCUCAAUCAUCCUUUGUUUUUUUCAACUGGAAUGUUAGAACUUUUAUUGAUCCUUAUAAAAAUUUUAGUGAUGAAGAAAUUGUUGACGCUUUUAAAUUAAUUGGUAUAAAUUUAAGUUUUAAAGAUUUGGAUAAAUAUAUAUAUAAACAAAGGAAAAAAAAAAAGCAUAACGGAUUGAAAAAAAAGAAAACUAUCAAUUUAAAUAAUUUCAUUACCUUAACAGAUGAUUGCAUACGAUAUUUAUCUGUAGUUCGACUAUUUUUAAAUAGACAUAAAUAUAGAUUAAUAUUAAUUGAUGAAAUUCCCGUUUUGAAUUCUAACAAUAAUAAUAUGAAAUUGAAUAAAUUUUUUACUAAAGAUUUAAAAUCAUUCGAUUACAUUAUAAGAAAUUACUUUCAAAAUACUACUGUUUUAAUCAUUGCACAUGAUGCGAAUACUUUAUCGUGUUGUGAUUUUAUUUAUGUUAUAAGAAAAGGAGAAGUAGUUUAUAGGUGUCGUAAUAAAGAUAUAAAAACACAAGCAGAAUUGGCAAAUAUACUUGAACAGAACAAUUAA